AUGUCAAUAAAUUGUUUAAUCCUAGGAAAAACUUCUUUUGUUGAUACUUUUGCGGUUAACAUUGCUAAAGAAAGCGACAUACUUGGUUCUUUGGUCAAAUUUGAUGAUUUAAAGAUUUCAGACCUCAAGUAUCUUAUCUAUAAUUUGGAGAUUAAUGGUACUAAGUUUAAUUAUAAGAAUAUUGGCCUUUGGAAGGUUGACAUCGCUUACGAUAAAAGUUACAUGCUUGAAUAUGUUACUACCGAAGAUGAUAUUAAAUUAAAACUUGGGGGCGAGCUGUUGAUACCCAUCUUCUUGGUUAAGGAAUAUUUUAAAAAUCUUAUCCAGAGUAAUAUUCACGUCAUCGUACAAAUGCCCGCUGCUGCCGCUGCUGGUUCUCAUAAACACUUGAAGAUGAACCGCUGCUUCUGUCCUGCUAACCGUCUAGACCCAGAAAACAACUUUUAUGUUAAGCCUAAAGAACUUGUUGAGAAUCUAGGUAAUUGCAUCGUUGAGGGCAAGUUCUGUCUGUUUUAUGGACAUCGACAAAGUGGCAAAACAACUACUGCUUGGGAACUAAAACGUUGGAUUGAAACUAAUAGCAAAUAUACAGUUUGUUAUUUAAACUUUAACAGUGGAAUUGUAACUAAUAAAGGUCUUUCUGAGUUCUGGCGGUUCGUAUGCUUCAAAGUGAAGUCUGUUAUGUCUGCUUGUGUAGAUAAAGUGGUUUUCUCUACUUUAUUGAAAGAAAAAAUAGAAGCAAGUGCUUUUGAAAAAAUCUUUAAUAAAGACAAUACAUCAUUGAGAGAUAUAAUCUUGAUUAUAGAUGAAGCCUCAAGACUAAUUAAUGAUAAUGACGAAACUUCACAGCCAAUUAUUAAUGAUUUUAUAGCUUCUUUGCGGGUUCUUAGAGACCAAAGAGGAGAUAUUUCCAUUGUACAUUCUGUAGUGCUCAUCGGCACUAAAGUCAUUAAGAAUUUUCUGUUUACUCAAACUCAACAAUCAAAGAAUUCUACUUCAGAAAUUUCACCAUUUUCAGCUGAGGGUGUCUUCAAUUCAGCUCAGUUUACUAAUUUAGAGGUCAAGAACCUUCUUGCUCAAUAUGCUGAGGAUAAUAAGUUUGAAAUUGAUGUAGACAAUAUUGCUGCAGAUGUUUACUCUUUUACCCUUGGACACAAGGGUCUUGUCGGUGCCUGCUACUAUUAUUUUGAGCAAAAAAUCAUGUCUGAAGCUAUCCAAGCAACUCUCGAUGACUGGGAGAAGCAUGUUCCAAUUCUUGAGAACGAAAGGGAGAUCCUUGAGGAGGUUCUUCGCUACGGAAAUAAGAAAGUUUCAAUGGACGAAGAUGAUGUUAAAUUCCUUCUUGCAGAAGGAAUGGUUGUUGUAAUUUCAAACUAUGAAGAUGGAACGGAUUUUAUUGGGUGUGCUGCACCUAUUUUUCAUACCAUCAUGCUUUCCAGCAUAUGUGGGCCCAAUAUCGUGCUUAGUUCACUACCUACCAAUGCAGAUCAUAUUGAACCCAAAUGGUUGUUAGCACGUACUAUUGAGGUAAAUUGUUGUUCUAAAUUAUUUAUUGUUAGUAAUGAAACAGUUUGUAUAUAUUUAUUAAGAACUGAAUUUCUCAGUGUUUUCAAACAACUGAUUUCCAUUGCCUAUCCAUCUUUUGAAUAUUGUGUUCUCCCUGAGGUCAAAGAGUGUGAUGAAGGAGCAAGCGAGACAGUAUUUGAUAAUCGCCUCAAAUGUUCCGAAUAUUAUUCUUCCAUCCAUAAUUGCAAUAAAAUGUAUACAAUUGAUAUCAGUUCUAGUGAAAAGCAUGCCAACUACUUCGGAAAACAAAAUUACGAAAAGUUUAUUGAAACGUGGUGUCGUAUUUUUAAUAAUAAUGUUAGUUUUCAUAAUCAGUUUCCUAAUUUAACAAAACUUGUUGAAUUAGCUUUGGUGGGUCCAGUUUCAAAUGGUAUUGUUGAAAAUGUUGAUUCAGACAUUAAAUUUUCACUUACUCCUUUUAUUAAAUGGACCUGA